ACUCUUUUUAAAAGUAUACUAAAGUGUGCUUCUUUUAACAAGGUGUUCCUGUUUACAUCAUUUCAUUUAAACCAUUUUGCAUUUGGAAAUAAAUGGGAACAGUAUAUGAAUGUUAUUUGAGCAGCCUUUAUUUUGUCAUGCCAUGUUUGUUUUUAAAUGCCUCAUUGUGAUUUUAUCAGGAGUUUUACCAAGGAGAAAUUGAAAAUGUAGUUAACAAGUGAAUGUAGUUGAAAUGCACAUGCUGAUUGAUCCACCAGUGUGCUUCAUUUUGCUAGAUAAGCAUGGAACCAGAGCAACAUAUUCAAAGUCAGUGCAAGACUAAUGAUCUGGCUUCAUCUGGACAACCAAAAGGAGCAGCAGAUACAUCCCCAUCCUCCACAUCUUCUCCUGCCCCUUCUACACCACCGAUGGCUCCAGCCAGGCCUCGUCGGCCCCAGAGGAGCUCGCGGGUGGAAGGAUCUAUUGACGUAUCAGAGCCCAAGCCUCCAGAAUCUCCUAAACCGCAGCAGUUGAGCAACCAGGCUGAACCAACAAGCCCCAACAGCUCCAAUCACCCCUCAGAUCCUCAGGCUAAACUCAGUGUUGAUCACGGACCUCCAAGUGUGGCUGGACAGAAGCUUUCAGGACAUACUGCAGUGUCUCGGAGCCACAUUGCAAUGAGGGCCGCCUCACUUCCUCAGGCCCCGUCAUACAGACCACCACCUACUGAUCCUGUCUUUCACCCACAGAGGGCCCUGUCUGUCGCUGGGACUGCCGACACUCAGUCGCAGGUGGUGGAGGAUUUCAGGGUGCACAUUAUCACAUGGAAUGUGGGCUCAGCCAUGCCUCCUGACGACAUCACUUCAUUACUGGGGCUGAAUGUUGGUGACGGGAACACAGACAUGUAUAUUAUAGGCUUACAGGAAGUGAACUCAAUGAUCAACAAACGACUGAAAGAUGUUCUUUUCACUGACCAGUGGAGCGAGGUCUUCAUGGACGCUCUCAGCCCCUUUGGAUAUGUACUGGUCACUUCUCAGAGGAUGCAGGGAAUGCUGCUGCUGGUCUUCGCCAAGUACUUUCACCUGCCGUUCCUGAGAGGCAUUCAAACACAGACCACUCGCACCGGCCUCGGCGGGAUCUGGGGGAAUAAAGGAGGCGUCAGCGCUCGCAUGAACGUGUUUGGCCAUUCGAUCUGUUUCUUGAACUGUCAUCUGCCUGCACACAUGGAGAACACAGACCAGCGCAUGGAGGACUUUGAAAGCAUCCUGCAGCAGCAGCAGUUUGAAGGACAAGUAGCUACAGGCGUCCUGGAUCAUGAUGUGGUUUUCUGGUUUGGAGACCUGAACUUUCGAAUCGAGGACCUGGAAAUGCAAGUUGUGAAAUCAGCCAUUGAUAAUAACAAACUGUCCACUUUAUGGGAAAAGGACCAGCUGAACAUGGCUAAAGGCAGUGAGACUGUGCUGGAAGGAUUCCACGAGGGGCCACUUAAAUUCUCUCCUACGUACAAGUUUGAUGUGGGUACAGACAUGUAUGAUACCAGUGGUAAAAAGCGUAAGCCAGCAUGGACUGAUCGUAUUCUUUGGAGGUUGAGGCCGAUGGCUCAGGUCAGCAACAGCAUGUCAAAGCGCAGCUCCUUGUCAGGUCUAACCAGCGGAACUCGUGUGUCACAACAUUUUUACCGAAGUCACAUGGAGUACACCGUCAGUGACCACAAGCCCGUCUCCUCUAUUUUCACUCUGCAGUUCCCAUAUAGGGUGGACAUGCCUUUAGUAACACUCUUUGUAGAGGAUGAAUGGAGAGAGAUAUCUGAUGCAGUGGCCAAAUUCACCACGGCACCCAACUUUGGUCGAAGCUCUUGGGACUGGAUUGGGCUUUACAAGGUUGGGUUUAAACACCAUAAAGACUAUGUGAGUUAUGUUUGGGCUAAGCAGGAAGAGUCUGAUUUCUUGAGACAGGAGCACCAAGUGAUUUUUCCCGAGGAAGAAUUGCCAAAGGAUUCUGGGGACUUCAUACUGGGAUAUUAUAGCAACAAUAUGAGCUCCAUUGUGGGCGUCACCGAGCCAUUCCAGAUUCAACUGCCAGCAUCCGCCGCAGCUGGUCUGAGUCCGUCUGACAGCUCUGACUUCACAUCUGAUGACGAGGUGAAGAAGAGCGACUCCUGUGACUCCAGCCCUGAGACCGAAGAGAAGCAGAGCAGCAGCUGGAGCUCCAGACGAGCCGAAGGGAAGACAGCAAACCCCAACCAACCGCACUCCAAAGACACCUCUGCACAUUCCAGCUCCAGCAGGCCGGCCGGUGACCCCGUAGCCACGGAUGACAGCUCUAACUCAGGAAAAGAUGCAACCAAGAAGGAGGAACCUUAACUAAGCACAGCACCUUCUCUAGAAGA